AAAAUCGGUUCGCGGCAAAACAAGGAGGAUGUUUACAAAUAUAUUUACACGAUCUACUGGUGAAAAUCGGAUCAAAAGGGGUUUCAGCAAGCAAAUAGAUACAUCCAACUUCUUAGAAUGUCUGGAAUGUUACAGGACGGAUGAAUAUAUGAUAGUUGGUUCUGAUGAUGGGGCUCUUGUUCCACCAAUUGCCUGUGAAUUUUCAAAGCAAGGCCUUGGGAACAUCCUAGCUUUGGUAGAUGAAAGUGGGGGCACCAUCAUACAAGAUACAAAUAAGACAGGUCAAUCUGCUCUCCUCUCUGAUUGGCAGGCCCACAGUAAUGCUAUAUUUGAUCUGGCAUGGGUUCCCUUGGAGAACAAACUGGUAACAGCGUCGGGGGAUCAGACAGCGGUGUUAUGGGAUGUGCCUACAGCCGAGAAACUGGACGUGUUCAAGGGCCACACCAGCAGUGUCAGGACAGUGGCAUUCAGGAGUGAUGACUCAGCUGUGUUCGCUACAGGAUCCCGAGAUGGACAUGUAAUGGUAUGGGACACCAGGUGUAACAGAAAAGAUGGAUUUCUGUCACCUGUUAAUACUAUACAUAAUGCCCAUGCAUUACAACAAACAUCUGUACGCAAACCCCGAAACAGGCAAAAGCUGGGACCUGCCAGGGACAGUCAACAAAGUGUUACAGUAGUGACAUUUCAAACAGACACCACGCUAAUUUCAGCUGGGGCAGUGGAUGGAUGUGUGAAAUUCUGGGAUCUGAGGAAGACAUAUAGUCUGAUGACUUCCACGCCGGAGUCGAGACACACUAUUCCUUACAGCGGUACCAGUCAGAGGAAGCAUGGGUUUACAAGUCUCACGAUGGAUACAUACAAAAGCAACCUUUUUGCCAGCUGUACAGAUGAUAUUGUGUACCAGUAUGACAUCACCACCAUGAUGCCGAGACUUGUACAUCAAUAUAAAGGCCACAGAAACAACUCGUUUUAUGUGAAGACCAGCAUCAGUCCUGAUAAUCAGUUCCUCCUCAGUGGAUCAUCUGAUGAGGUCGCUCACAUCUGGCAGGUGGGUAAACCGAAUCAAAGCCCCAUUGUACUAAAGGGACAUAAAGCAGAAGUGUCGGAUGUGGCAUGGUCACCUUACGACCUAAGCAAGGUUGUGACUUUAUCGGAUGACAACUCUUUGAGAGUGUGGAGAAUUAAUAGAAGACUUUCUCCUCCUGGACCUGAGGAGGUAGUUGGAACAGCCGAGAGAACUCACCGAGAAAUAGGUACAUCAGCAAGGCAACUUGAUGAGAAAGAAAACCCUGAACAAGUUUUGUCAACAAAACAACAUCCAACAAGCCUAGGAGAUAAACCAAACAAAACUCCAAACCUAAAAAAGAGAUCAUCUGCUGAAAUUUCACCAGGUAGUCUUCCUAAAUCCUCACCUUCUAUCAAACAUUGGUUGAGUGGAAAGAAAACACCAUCGUCCAAAGUUCUGGGCAAAGGUGAUUCUUGUACAAGUGAUUCACCAGGAUCUAAAUCUGGAAGAAAAAGACAAUGUAAGAGAAAACUGGUGUCUGACUCGCCUGAUCAAAAUCCUUCAAAACGACAGAAUGUAUUACCGGACCGACCUUUCAAUGCUGACCUACAUAGUCCACACAAAAGUGCCAGCCCAACCAUUGCAGCUUUUAGGAAUGAAUAUGGAGCUUGUUCCAAAUCUCCUGUGAGGAGCAGUCCUCAAAAAUGGAAUAGCCCACAGAAAUUUAGUAGUCCACGGAAAAUAGAAUUGAACUUCAACAGUCCAAGAAAAUUGAAUUUAGACAUAGACAGCCCAAGGAAGUUCACAACUAGCCCGAUUAGUUCAAGUUUGAACAAAGAUAGUCCAAAGAACUCUAACAGUCCUGAAGUUUUAAAUUUGCACAUGCCUCGGCAGUGUAUUACCAAACAAUCUGUGGCUACAGCAUCACCUACUGUUGAUCUCCCAAACCUUGUUUUGUCUGGAGAAGUUAACCGUAUAAAUGUAUGUUACCCCAUGGGCAAGGAGAACAGUCCAAGAAAAGGCACCCCACCUAUGAACUGGUUAAAACAGAUAAGACAACAGAAGUUAGGGAAGGAAGGGGAAACAGACCAGAGGCUGAAGUUCAGUCCCUGUAGAAGUCUGUUCUACAACAGUGCGGAUUCUUCACCUGCUCACAGUGUAGAAAGCUGCCAACCAAACCAUGAGGGACCUAGUCAGAACAACAGUCAGUCCGAAGAGGAACCAAAGACGCCAGUCAUAGGGAUGAAGUCUCUAAGACAUUAUUUCAAGCCUCGCCCAUCUCCCAAGGUGGAUCCUGUGGGAUGACAAUUCUCAUGCUGGAAUUUGGGAGUACAGUUGGACCAAUUUUGAACUUGUCACCUCAAAGCCUUGAGGACACAAUAGCAAGUGGACAAGUUAAUAAUUCUGAAUAAAUGAAACGAACAGUUAAGGAUCUAAUAAUGGAUUCAUUUGUGUAUGGGUGAUUGAAAGUUUCAGUUAAUUUUCUUUUAACAUAGCAUAUUUUUUUACUGCUUUACAAAAGCAAUGUUUUGAGGAAAGAUAUGAAAUAAUGUGGAUCUAUUUCAUAAAUUGCAUAAUGACUCCGAUUUUCUGUAAUGUAUUUUUGGACAAACUUCUCGUUUAAGAAGAUCAUGUCAGAAUAAAUAUUUUCAAAAAUAAGGUACAUUGUAUAUGUGUUUAAGAUGAAUUAAUUGUAAUUGAUAACCUGACUUAUCUAACUCUGAGGAGAUAUAUAAUAUAAGAAAUGUUGUAUUCAAUGUUGGUAAUUUUGUAACAUGUGCAAGUAAUGUUGCUGUCUUUUUGUAUCUUAUGUUGGUGCAACAGAUUAUUACAUUAAGCAAUGUUGCUGUAAGCAUGUACGUAAUGUUUCAAAUACUAGUGGUACAUGUGGCAGUUAUAUAUGGCCUGCGGUCCACAUACAAAUUGUUUUGUUCUAUUGUGAACACCUACUGUUCCUCGUCAUGCAUCUUGCAUCCAAACAAUUCACAUUUUUUACUCUUCCAAAACCAUAGAACCUAUUUUUUUUUUUAAAUCAAGACAUUUUCAUGGCUUAAACCAUAUAUACCAAAAGUGUGAAUUAUGUAAAUCUAACCUCCCAGGGGCCUGAGGGGAUUGGCCAAAAAAGCUUAAAUUUGUAAAAAAAAAAUAAAAAAAUCAACAAACUUCUUCAGACUCAGAUAUGCUUUAGUGCUUAGAAUUACACACAAAAAAAAUCUAUAUAGAGGGAAAGAUUUUUCUUUUCCCCAAGAGUUACUUUUCGUCCUUGAGGAGGGACUUAACUUUACUAUAUUGUUUUACUAAUUUCUGACAUUUAUUAGAAACAUAUAUAUUCAAUCCUAAACAUCAUUUUGUCAGCGAAUCCACAGCCGUAUUUGGAUUAUAGGCACUAUUUUGUCACAUUACACCAAUUACCAUUGUUUUACAACUAGGGUGAUGUUAAGGCUUAAGCUUAUAGAGCUUUAUAUUCAUAAAAUAAUAUGCAAUUUAUUCAAAGCUGUAAAAGGGAGGAAACUUCUGUUCUAGCAAAUUCACUCAAUGUUGGUUUCAACUCUAUAUAGGUUAUUAAUGGAGCUUUUUCUUUUUUCAAUUUGCCAAGAUGGAAAUGAAUAAAAUAGAAUAGAAUUUAUUUCAUUUUACGGUAAUUUUUCUACGUUGUACAUGGUUGGAAAAAGUUAUUUUCCCUUUUAAAGUUGUGUUAAUUCCUUACAAAGAUAAUUGUAGGGGAUGGUCCUUUUAGGGCAUUGGAACAUUUUGAAUUUAUUCAUCUACAUUGUAUGAAAUACAUAUGUUUGAUUAAUAUCCAUAUUUUUCUCUUAUAUUUUUUUUUAAAUCUGAAAACACAGAUGGAUAUUAGAGGUUAUGACGCUAGGUAUAUGUUUUUUAUUCAGUCGUGCAUUUAUUUACGGUGAUGCAUGUUGAUGUUUUUUCAUUCAGCAGUCAUGCAUAUAGCUUAUAUUUUUGUAUUUACUUUAUCCUUCCGGUUCAACUUAAUUGUUAAAAUAUGUAGUAUUUUACAAAUAUGUUGUUAUUGUGAAAAUUCAUUAAAAUACAGGGUUUCUUU